GGCUGGGGCUGGAUGCAGCCGGUUCUCUGGAGGACUUCUUUGCCUGCUGCAGGAAAGAGAAGGCUGAAAGACAAACCUGGGUGCAGCCGGAAAGGUCCAGAUAGAUGAGCUUGUGGCAUCCGUUCCCCAAAUUCAGGGACUGCCAUACCUCAGCUGGGUCUCAUUCUUCCUGAACUGCUUUAGUUAAGAUUACCCAAACUUGGAUUUCAAAGGAAUACUUUCAUUGUUCCAUCUGUCACACCAAGUAAUUGGGACCAGCUGGAUGUCAGGAUGCGGGUGGCGACCAUCGUAAUCCUACUUUUCUUUUGUAAAGCCGCUGAGCUCCGCAAGGCAAGCCCUGGGGGUGCAAGAAACCGAGUGAACCAUGGCCGGGCUGGUGGGAGCCAGAAAAGCUCCAACCCGGUCAAACGCUAUGCACCAGGCCUCCCCUGUGAGGUGUACACAUACCUUCACGAAAAAUACUUAGAUUGUCAAGAAAGAAAACUAGUUUAUGUGCUGCCCGACUGGCCUCAGGAUUUGCUGCACAUGCUGUUAGCAAGAAACAAAAUCCGCAUACUGAAGAACAGCAUGUUUUCCAAGUUUAAAAAGCUGAAAAGCUUGGAUCUACAACAGAAUGAGAUCUCCAAAAUUGAGAGUGAGGCUUUCUUCGGUUUAAAUAAACUCACCACUCUCUUACUGCAGCACAACCAGAUCAAAGUCUUGACAGAGGAAGUGUUCAUUUAUACACCUCUCCUGAGCUAUCUGCGUCUUUAUGACAACCCCUGGCAUUGUACUUGUGAGAUGGAAACGCUUAUUUCAAUGCUGCAGAUCCCAAGGAAUCGGAAUUUGGGGAACUAUGCCAAGUGUGAAAGCCCACAAGAACUGAAAAAUAAAAAACUGAGGCAGAUAAAAUCUGAACAGUUAUGUAAUGAAGAAGAAAGUGAACAAUUGGAGCCAAGACCCCAAUUGUCAGGAAAACCCCCAGUCAUCAAGACUGAGGUGGACUCUACUCUUUGUCACAACUACGUAUUUCCCAUACAGACACUGGACUGCAGAAGAAAAGAGUUGAAGAAAGUUCCAAACAACAUUCCUCCAGAUAUUGUUAAACUUGACUUGUCACACAAUAAAAUCAACCAACUUCGACCCAAGGAGUUUGAAGAUGUUCAUGAGUUAAAGAAAUUAAACCUCAGCAGCAAUGGCAUUCAAUUCAUAGAUCCUGCUGCUUUUUUAGGACUCACACAUUUAGAAGAGUUAGAUUUAUCAAACAACAGUCUGCAAAACUUUGACUAUGGUGUAUUAGAAGACUUGUAUUUUUUGAAACUCUUGUGGCUCAGAGAGAACCCUUGGAGAUGUGAUUACAACAUCCACUACCUCUACUACUGGUUAAAGCAUCACUACAACGUGCAUUAUAAUGGCCUGGAAUGCAAAAUGCCUGAAGAAUACAAAGGGUGGUUUGUAGGAAAAUAUGUUCGGAGUUACUAUGAAGAAUGCCCCAAAGACAAAUUACCAGCAUACCCUGAAACAUUUGACCAGGAUAUGGAAGAUGAUGAAUGGGAAAAAAUACAUAAGGAUCACACAGCAAAGAAGCAAAGUGUAAGAAUCACUAUUGUCGGAUAACAGAAUUGUUCUUGUUGCAACUAGUUUUGCCUUUGCUAUACUGGUGUUGGAAAACCGCAUGUUUACAUUUUGAUUAACUGUAUUACUUAUUUAUGCAGGAUUAUCCAACUAAAGGAAGGUUCCCUUGAUUAUUAUUGUUGCUGUAACAACAUAGUAAUCAAAGGAAUACUCUUAUCCUGCUUGCCUGCCUGUUUGCCGAACAGCUUUCGAUGAUGAUCCCACACUGGUAACCUGCAGGAGUUGGGUCCUAAUGAUGGCAUUAGAUUUUCAUAAUGUCCUG